AUGUCUCUGAAGAAACAAAGAAAAAAUGAGGUGGAAAUCUGCUUUACCUUUGGAAAUGGACUUCACUUAGAGAUCUGCUUUACCUUUGGAAAUGGACUUCACUUAGAGACUUUAAAUACAAGAAGCGAAAGCAAGCUGCUUCCCAAACACGCUCACCUGGUACGACAGAAGCGGGCCUGGAUCACCUUCCCUGUGUCCCUUCGGGAGGGAGAGGAUCUGUCCAAAAAGAACCCCGUUGCCAAGAUACAUUCUGAUAUCGAGGAAAAAAUGGGAGUGAAAAUUACAUACAAAUACACUGGAGUAGGGAUUACAGAGCCUCCUCUUGGUAUAUUUAAAUUUGAUGAAAACACUGGAGAAUUGAAUAUUACCAGCAUUCUUGAUCGGGAACAAACGCCAUUUUUUCUGCUAACAGGGUAUGCUUUGAAUUCAAGAGGAGCUAAUCUAGAGAAACCCUUAGAACUGCGCAUUAAGGUCCUGGAUAUCAAUGAUAAUGAGCCAGUGUUCACGGAGAGAGUCUUUGUUGGGUCCGUGGAAGAGUUGAGUGAAGCAGAUACGCUUGUGAUGAAAAUCACUGCAACGGAUGCAGAUGAGCCCAAUACUUUGAAUUCUAAAAUUUCCUACAGAAUUUUACCUCCGGAGCCAGCGCAUCCAGUGUUCCACCUAAAUAAAGACACAGGAGAGAUUUUUACAACCGUUUUUGCCUUGGAUAGAGAGGAACACAGCAGUUAUUCUUUGACUGUGGAAGCAAGAGAUGGCAAUGGAGAAGUAACAGACAAACCGGUACACCAAGCUCAAGUUGAGAUUCGUAUUUUGGAUGUCAAUGACAAUAUACCUAUAGUGGAACAUGAAAUGUACGAAGGGACGGUUGAAGAAAAUCAAGUCAAUGUAGAAGUUAUGCGCAUAAAAGUGACAGAUGCAGACGAAGUAGGCUCUGAUAACUGGUUGGCGAAUUUUACAUUUGCAUCAGGAAAUGAAGGGGGUUAUUUCCACAUAGAAACUGAUGCUCAAACUAACGAAGGGAUUGUGACCCUCGUGAAGGAAGUGGAUUAUGAAACAAUGAAGAAUCUUGACUUCAGUAUUAUUGUCACUAAUAAAGCAGCUUUUCACAAAUCAAUUAGGAAUAAGUAUAAACCUAAAGCCAUUCCUAUCAAAGUAAAGGUGAAAAAUGUGAAAGAAGGCAUUCAUUUCAAAAGCAGCACAAUUUCAGUUCGUGCUAGUGAAGGAAUGGAUAAGUCAAGCCUAAGCAAAGCAAUUGGAAAAUUUGAAGUUUUUGAUGAAGACACUGGACAAUCGGCUCAUGUAAAAUACAUAAAGUUGGAAGAUAGUGACAACUGGGUCUCUGUGGAUUCAGCCACGUCCGAAAUUAAACUUGUAAAAAUUCCUGAUUUUGAAUCGAGAUACGUCCAAAAUGGUACAUAUACUAUAAAAGUUUUGGUUGUGUCAGAAGAAGAAACAAAUGCCCAGUGUGGUAGCACAGGCCUGCAAUUCCAGCAUUUGGGAAGCCAAAGCAUAAGGAUCACUCCUUGUCAGGAACUUUCUGUAAUCCGGUCUCUCCCUCUGCUUGGAGUCCCUCGUCCUUACUGUCUUCCCUCUCCUACCCACCUAGGUACCAGUGUGCUGCUCCAGCAGAGUCAACGCCAAAUCGGGAGAAGUGAAAUUCCACUGCUGAUUGUGGACAAUCAGGGCUUCAGCUGCCCGGAACAGCAGGUCCUCCAGCUGACGGUCUGCAAGUGCCUGCAGGGCAGUGGCUGUGUGGCGGCUCAGCACGACUCCUACGUGGGCCUGGGGCCCGCGGCAGUGGCACUCAUGAUCUUGGCCCUUCUGCUCUUGCUCCUUGUGCCACUUUUGCUGCUGCUGUGUCAUUGUGGAGAGGGCGCCAAAGGCUUCACCCCCAUACCCGGGACUAUAGAGAUGCUGCAUCCUUGGAACAGUGAAGGGGCGCCACCUGAAGACAAGGUGGUGCCGUCGCUGCUGGCUGUGGAUCACGAGGAGAAUCUUGCAGCAAGAAAUGGAGUAGGAGGUGCAAUAACCAAGGAAGCCACCGCGAAAGGAAGUAGCUCUGCUUCCUUUUCCAGAGUGCAGCAUGACUUGACCGAGGCAGACGGGAGAUGGGAAGAACACAGAAGCCUCCUCAGCGGUGGGGGUACCCAUGUGACGGGGACAGCAGGAGCCCUACGCGGUGCUGAGACCAUGCGGACUGUGAGAGCCGUGGGGGCUUCCAGAGAUGCGGCCGGAGCCCGAGCCGCUGCCGCCAGCACAGUCAGUGAGGAAUUCUUAAGGAAUUAUUUCGCUGAUAAGGCAGCCUCCUACAGUGAGGAAGAUGUCAUUCACAUGGCCAAAGACUGCCUUCUGGUUUACUCCGAGGAAGAAACAGAAUCUCUUCACGGUUCCGUUGGCUGUUGCAGUUUUAUUGAAGGAGAACUAGAUGACCGCUUCUUAGAUGAUUUGGGACUUAAAUUCAAGACACUGGCUGAAGUUUGCUUGGGUCAAAAAAUAGAUGUGGAUGUGGAAAUUGAGCAGAGGCAAAAACCUGUCAAAGAAACAGAUUUGACCACAGCUGCACACUCAUUCUAUGAGCAAACCAUGGUUAAUUCAGAGAAUACCUCCUCUUCUGGCAGCAGCUUUCAAGUUCCCAAACCCUUGCAGGAAACCAGAGCAGAGAAGGUCACUCAGGAAAUAGUCACCGAGAGAUCGGUGUCUUCCAGGCAGGGUCAGAAGGUGGUGCCACCUCCUCCUGAUCCACUGGCUUCUGGUAAUAUCAUAAUGACGGAAACGUCCUAUACCACAGGCCCCACUAUGCCACCAAGCACUGUGGUCCUGGGUCCUGGACAGCCCCAGAGCCUUAUUGUGACGGAGAGGUUGUAUGCGCCGGCUUCCACCUUGGUGGGUCAGCACAGUGCUGGGGAGGGUAAUGUCGUGGUCACUGAAAGAGUGAUCCAGCCUAACGGGGGCAUCCCUCAUCCUCGGGGAGGCACCCAGCAUCUGCAGGAUGCACAGUACGUUAUGGUGAGGGAAAGAGAAAGUGUCCUUGCUCCCAGCUCGGGGGUGCAGCCUGCCCUGGUGGUGCCCAGUGUGGCGGCCGUAGGACAGAAUGUGACAGUGACAGAAAGAGUGCUCACCCCUGCUUCCACUCUGGAAUCCAGUUACCAAAUUGCCACUGAAGCCUCGGGGAAGGCUAGGAAGGCCGUGGUUUCUGGGGCUGGAGUCCCUGGCCCUGUGCCACAUUCUGGUUUGGAAGGAUCUGGCCAUUCAAAUUCUGCCGUAACCACGUCCUCCACCAGGGUCACCAAGCACAGUACUGUGCAGCACUCUUACACCUAAGCAGAGGCCAGCCACAGACUCGGCCAGAGUCUAACCAACAGGGGCUGCAGGUGUAUUUUCCACCUGCCUGGCUCUUCGUGAGCCUCACAGACAAGCAGAGAUAAAUAUGCAUCGAGCUUACACUUUUUUCCCUGUCGCUGAUCCUCAAAGGUCCACACAAUCUCUGCUUCCAGGAAUGUAUUUUAGAAAUGCUUCCCGAAUCACAGUGGGCCUCGUGGUGAUGCUGUUUCCGAAGUGCCUUCAGUGAGUUAUGCAAACAGUUUUCACAAAACAGAAUAGAGUAAAUCUGGCUUCUUAGAAUUUACUGAGUUAACACAUCACCGUCCAGGAAAGCAACCCAGGAAAAUGAUGGGGUCUCCUCGUAAACCCUAUUAAUAUUUCACAUUGAUGUGCAUUUCACAGUGGUGUACAUUUCAUGUUUACGUGAUCUAUCCAUUACUGCACCUAGCAGAUUGUCAGCAUUUCAUUUAUCCAAAGAUCCCGACAGUCUGGGAUCCCAGUUUUGUUGUAGGUUUUCUUUUCAUUUGUGUGAAGUGAAUUAUAUUUUGAAGACUGGGACAGCAAAAACAUACAAGUUUCUGUGCAUGUGACACGCACAUAAUGUCAUAUGCAUUUAAAAAUGGCAUUGUGUUUUCCUGUCUCAGUAGUCAUGAGAAUUUUGAAUACUUCUAAUUCAAUUGAAUAAUCCAGGACAAAAUUUAUAAAUGUAAUUUUACUUAUAAUAAUAAUAACGUUCUAUGGGGGGAUAAAAACCUCAUGUUAUAUUCUCAAUACUUGCAAUUUAGUGCAGCUAAACUAACCAGCCGUAUCCUUCCCUGUGCACAAACGAUGCCGAUUUCACUGCCUUAUAUCCACAGUGACUCACAUGGGGGCCAAAGAAAUAUUUGUUGAAUUAAACUGAAUUUUACAAACCAUUAUGUACCCUUGCCAAAAAUAUUAAAACUCUAUAUAUUUCUGUAAUUAUUCAAAUCAUGUUUUUAUUUUGAUGUCUCAAAGGCUUAGACUAGCUGGUCAUGACUUAGUAUAUGAGUAGUAAAUAUCAUACAGACCUUGAAUAUUUGACCUGAUUUUGCCCAGUGCCUUAGCCUUGGUUUUUUAAAAAAGUUAUAUAGCCAGGCAUGGUGGCACACACCUAUAAUCCCAGCAUUCAA